AUGACGUCACUGCGAAUAAUAGGCUUAGAGUUCAUCACGGCAAAACUACCAAGAGGCCAAGGCGCGAUCGGCACCAAGUGGGUGUUCAAGAUCAAGCGCAAAGCGGAUGGAUCGGUCGAGAAAUACAAGGCGCGUCUCGUUGCCAAGGGCUUCAAGCAGAAGUACGGCAUCGACUACACAGAGACGUUCUCGCCCGUGGUCAAGUACGUGACACUGCGUAUGGUGAUCGCGAUCACCAAGUAUUUCGACUGGCCACUGGACCAACUCGAUGUGGUGACAGCCUUUCUCUACGGAGUGAUGAAGGAGAAGGUGUACUGCGUGGCGAUCUACGGUCUCAAGCAAGCUUCACGUGUGUGGAACGAGACUUUCGAUGAGUUCGUAUGCUCUAUCGGUUUCGAAGCGUCGGCGUUCGACCCAUGUCUCUACAUCAAGGUUGUCGAUGGUCACUGUGUGCUCGUGCUGGUCUACGUGGAUGACGUGUUGGUCACCGGCAGCUCGCUCGAGUUGAUUGCGCAGACGAAGGCCGACCUCAAGACGCGUUUCGAGAUGACCGACAGUGGCAAGUGUACUUUUGUACUGGGCAUCGAACUGGUGGACGAAUCGGAUGGCAGCGUGACGAUGUGCCAGCGACGGUAUGUCAACGACAUCCUCAAGCGCUUCGGCAUGGAUGAGUGCAAGGCCACAUCAAGUCCGGUCGACUUGAGCACUCGGCUUGUCGCAAGCACCGAAGCGGCCAAGAUCGACGUUCCGUUUCGUGAAGCUGUGGGAGCUUUGAUGCACUUGACGACUGCGACGCGCCCGGACAUUGCGUAUGCUGUGGGGUACGUCUCGCGCUUCAUGGAGAAUCCGCAGCAAGAAUAUUGGACGGCGGUGAAGCGCAUCUUUCGUUACUUGCAAGGGACCAAGUCGCACGGACUCCGAUUCCAGCCAAGCGAUAAGAUCGACUUUCGUGGCUACUCGGACGCGGACUGGGCCGGCGACCACGCUGAUCGCAAGUCGACUUCGGGUUACACUUUCAUGCUGAUGGGUGCUCCUGUGAGUUGGGGAAGCAAGAAGCAGUCAAGUGUGUCGCUGUCGACGAGUGAAGCGGAAUACAUCGCACUGAGUCUGGCCAUCCAGGAAGGCAAGUGGGUGCAUCGCCUGCUAUGCGAGAUUUUGGCGGCCGCAAACGAACCAGGACCGGACCUCGUCAUCCGUGAAGACAACCAGUCGUGCAUCAAGAUGACAAAGAAUCCGGUGAAUCAUGGCCGCGCCAAGCACAUCGACAUCAAGUACCAUCACAUCCGUGAUGAGGUCAAGCGCGGUGAAGUGCAGCUCGAGUAUUGCGAGACUUCCGUGAUGAUGGCGGACAUCAUGACCAAGGGACUUUCGGGACCUCGUCACAAGGACUUGACGACGGCUCUCGGCAUUCGUGCGAGUUCGGAUUGA